GUUAUGACCUUCAGUGCGCCUGGGAAAGCUAGGGUCCCGGCAACAGUGCGGCUUUGCGCCCGGCCCCGCCUGCGGGUGCGGGGACGUGUGGGUGUGUGGGCAUGUGUGGGUGUGCUGGGGAGGGUGCCCAGCGACAUGUGACAAAGCCUCUCGUCUCUCGGAGAUGGUGAAGGGGCCUGCGAGCGAGCGCUUUGUCUGGGUGUCUGCAGAGUGACGGCUCGAGCGGCGGCGGCGGGCGCCCGUGCGGUGCAGGAUGCCGGGACGCCAGGGUGGCCCGGGGCGCGCGCGCCUGGGCCCGGGUGAGAGGACUGCGGCGGUGCCGGGGGGCUGCGCGGCUGGCUCGCAUCGGCCGGGGCCUCGGGCGUGACCGGCCGCCACCCGUGGGCACUGCAGCGGCCGCGUGUCCCCGUGACCUCGCGGGUGGAUCCCCGCGCGCCCCUCCCCGCCCGCCCUCCACGUGCGUGCCCGCGGCGCGCGUGCCCGCCUGCGCGCACCCGCCCGCCUGCUGCUGCCGCCGCCGCCGCUGCCGCGAGCCGUGCCGGGAAAAGGUGCCGGAGCCGAGCGAGCUGGGGCCGCGGGCCCGAGCGCCAUGGGCCGAAGGGCGCGCGGCGGGCGGCCGGUCAGCCCCGGGCCUCGCCCCCGCGGGAGAGCGGCCUGGAGUCGGCUAGGGCCGGCCGGGCCCGCGGGGAGGCCGGCCCGCGCCUCCUGAGCGACCGACACCAGGCGCUCACCAUGGCCCCGCCGCUCCUGCUGCUGCUGCUGGCCAGCGGAGCGGCCGCCUGCCCCCUGCCCUGCGUCUGCCAGAACCUGUCCGAGUCCCUGAGCACCCUGUGUGCCCACCGGGGCCUGCUGUUCGUGCCACCCAACGUGGACCGGCGCACGGUGGAGCUGCGGCUGGCUGACAACUUCAUCCAGGCCCUGGGGCCGCCCGACUUCCGCAACAUGACGGGGCUGGUGGACCUGACGCUGUCCCGCAACGCCAUCACCCGCAUCGGGGCCCGCGCCUUCGGGGACCUCGAGAGCCUACGCUCCCUGCACCUGGACGGCAACCGGCUGGCGGAGCUGGGUACGGGCAGCCUGCGCGGGCCCGUCAACCUGCAGCACCUCAUCCUCAGCGGCAACCAGCUGGGCCGCAUCGCGCUGGGCGCCUUCGACGACUUCCUCGACAGCCUCGAGGACCUGGACCUGUCCUACAACAACCUGCGGCAGGUGCCCUGGGCUGGCAUCGGCGCCAUGCCCGCCCUGCACACUCUCAACCUGGACCACAACCUCAUCGACGCGCUGCCCCCCGGCGCCUUCGCCCAGCUCGGGCAGCUAUCCCGCCUCGACCUCACCUCCAACCGCCUGGCCACGCUCGCCCCCGACCCGCUCUUCUCGCGGGGCCGCGACGCCGAGGCCUCGCCCGCGCCGCUGGUGCUGAGCUUCAGCGGGAACCCGCUGCACUGCAACUGCGAGCUGCUGUGGCUGCGGCGGCUGGUGCGGCCCGACGACCUGGAGACGUGCGCGUCCCCGCCGGGCCUGGCCGGCCGCUACUUCUGGGCCGUGCCCGAGGGCGAGUUCUCGUGCGAGCCCCCGCUCAUCGCCCGCCACACGCAGCGCCUCUGGGUGCUCGAGGGCCAGCGGGCCACGCUGCGGUGCCGGGCGCUCGGCGACCCCGCGCCGACCAUGCACUGGGUGGGGCCCGACGACCGGCUGGUGGGCAAUUCCUCCCGGGCCCGGGCCUUCCCCAACGGGACCCUGGAGAUCGGGGUGACGGGCGCCGGGGACGCCGGGCUCUACACCUGCAUUGCCACCAACCCCGCCGGCGAGGCCACGGCCCGGGUGGAGCUGCGGGUGCUGGCGCUGCCCCACGGCGGGAACGGCAGCGCCGAGGGGGGCCGCCCGGGGCCUUCGGACAUCGCUGCCUCGGCUCGCACUGCCGCGGAGGACGAGGGGACUCAGGAGACUGAGCCGGCUGUGCAGGUGACCGAGGUGACUGCCACCUCGGGGCUGGUGAGCUGGGGGCCGGGGCGGCCAGCCGACCCCGUGUGGAUGUUCCAAAUUCAGUACAACAGCAGCGAGGAUGAGACCCUCAUCUAUCGGAUCGUCCCCGCCUCCAGCCGGCACUUCCUGCUCAAGCACCUGGUUCCCGGCGCCGACUACGACCUCUGCCUGCUGGCCCUGUCGCCCGCCGCCGGGCCCUCUGACCUCACGGCCACCCGGCUGCUGGGCUGUGCCCACUUCGCCACGCUGCCGGCCUCGCCCCUGUGCCACGCCCUGCAGGCCCACGUGCUGGGCGGGACACUGACCGUGGCCGUGGGGGGGGUGCUGGUGGCCGCCUUACUGGUCUUCACAGUGGCCUUGCUGGUUCGGGGCCGGGGGGCUGGGAAUGGCCGCCUGCCCCUCAAGCUCAGCCACGUCCAGUCGCAGACCAACGGGGGGCCCAGUCCCACGCCGAAGACGCACCCACCGCGGAGCCCCCCUCCGCGCCCCCAGCGCAGCUGCUCCCUGGACCUGGGAGACACCAGCGGGUGCUAUGGAUACGCCAGGCGGCUGGGCGGGGCCUGGGCACGCCGGAGCCACUCUGUGCACGGGGGGCUGCUCGGGGCGGGGUGCCGGGGGGCAGGGGGCAGCGCGGAGCGGCUGGAAGAGAGUGUGGUGUGACAGGGGUGGCCCGGGGGCCACCUGCACCCCACCCCUCUGCUCUGAGGCCCGGACGGCCAGGCCUGGGUAAGGAGGGUGCUGCCCCGGGGUCCCUGCCCCACGUUCAUCCUCAUACCUCAGGCUCCCCUUUGUACUUGGCAGGACAGGGAGCCCUUCCCCGGUUCUGGCCUCCGCACGGGGCUGAGGGAGAAGUCCCUCCAACGGGUGCUCAUGGCCACUGAGACAGGGGCUGCAGCCACCAAGUGGGAGCCUUGUUUUUAUUUAUAAUAAAAGUAUUGGG